AUGGGUGAUGAUAAAAUGAAGUUACCCCAGUACGAUGGCCAUUGGGACCAUUGGAGCGAAGUCAUGGAGAACCUCUUCCGAGCCAAAGGACUAUGGGACGUGAUUGAGAUGGGGUUUGAAGAACCAGAAAUCACCACGGUCCUGAUGGCAGAUCAGAGUGCGCAGCUCGAGAGUGCUAAGACGAAUGAUCACAAGGUGAAACAUUACCUUUAUCAAAGCAUUGAUAGGGUGACGUUUGAGCAGAUCCUGGACAGGAGGUCCUUCAAGAUCAUAUGGGAUUCGAUGAAGUCGAAAUUUGGUGGAAAUGCUCGAGUCAAGAGGUCACUGCUGCAGAAGCUGAGAAGAGACUUUGAGCUGCUGGAGAUGAAUGAAGCCGAGAGUGUAGAAAAAUACUUCACCCGAGUAUUGAGUGUGACUAAUCAAAUGAGAAGCAACAGUGAAGUAAUAAUGGACUCAAAGGUGGUUGAGAAAAUCCUCAGAACACUCAGUGAGAAGUUCAUGUAUGUUGUGGUCUCGAUAGAAGAAUCAAAGGACACCGAGACCAUAUCUCUUGAAGAAUUGCAGAGCUCAUUAAUGGUACAUGAGCAGAAGUUCAAGAAGACAGACAAGGGUGAUGAUCAUGUGUUGAAGGAAGAAGAAGAAGCCAACUAUGCUGAUGAGGAAGACGAGAUGCUAUUGAUGGCAUACAUUGAAGAAGAGGCUGAAGAAGAUGUGGAGAUGGCAAUGGUAACACAGACGGGGGAGAAAGAAGACAAGAGAAGAAAGGCUUGGUUUCUUGACUCCGGUUGUUCAAACCACAUGAGUGGUGAUCAAGAGCUGUUCACAAGUUUGAACACAAACUUCAAGCACUCAGUCAAGUUGGAAAAUGACAAGAGAAUAGAAGUUGUGGGCAAAGGAAACGUGAAGUUGAUCCUAAACAGCACAACAUACACGAUCACCGACGUGUACUACAUCCCUGAGCUCAAUAACAACUUGUUGAGCCUUGGAUAA